AUGGGUGUUAUAGCUGAAACUGAAAAUGUACGCCCAAAAAAGCUUGGAGUUCGUCACGCGCAAACAUUUCUAUGCUUCCUUGCUAUGCUUCUUGCAUACAACAUGCGAGUUAACAUAAGUAUGGCAAUAGUAGAUAUGACUGAUGUAACUAAAGAUGACCACUUUGACUGGAGCUACAGCGUGCAAUCAACGAUUUUAUCUUCAUUCUUCUGGGGCUAUAUCAUGCUUAUGUUACCGUCCGGAGAACUGGCGAAACGCUUCGGUGGAAAAGUUCUCGUCACAAUCUCAAUUUCGGUCAACUCACUGCUGUCACUGUUGCUGCCUACUGUGGCCUAUUUGGGAGGCUGGCAGUUCGUUUGCGCUUGUCGCGUACUUCAAGGAAUGACACAAUCCUUCCUAUUCCCCUCAAUGCACCAUCUAGUCAGUCAGUGGAUACCCUUAGAAGAAAAAGGUCGCUUGAGUGGUAUAAUAUAUGGUGGAACUCAACUUGGUGUUGCAAUUCAGCAUAUUAUGUCAGGAUUUUUGGCAUCUGCUUGGGGAUGGAAAUCGAUAUUUUAUACGAACGGUAUUCUUGGAGCUUUAUGGACAGUUGCUUAUUUAAUAUUUGGAUCAGCAUCACCCGAACAAUCGAAACGAAUUUCACAAGAAGAAUUAAAAUAUAUUCAAACGUCUUUGGGACGAGUUGGAAAGCAAAAGAAACACCCCACGCCAUGGAUGAAGAUCAUCACGUGUUUUCCAUUUUGGGCGACAGUUGUGGCCCACUGCGGACAAAAUUGGGGCUUCUUUACGUUGAUGACGGAGAUGCCAACCUACAUGGCUAAAGUUUUGGGCGUGGAUUUAAAACAAAAUGGUGUUUUUUCUUCUCUUCCCUACUUAGCAAUGUACCUGCUGAGUUACCCAUUCGGUGCUAUGACAGACCUCAUUAUACAGCGAAAAUGGCUCAGCGUUACUAAUACGAGAAAGUUAUUUAAUUCUAUAGGUCAUUGGGGCCCUGCUCUGGCCUUAAUCGGAUUAUCAUACGCGCCAGAAGGUAACAUGGUUAUUGCGGUGGUAAUGUUAACAAUCACCGUUGGUAUCAACGCUGGUCACUUUUCUGGGUACAUGUUAACACUAAUCGAUCUGGCGCCAAACUUCAGUUCGUCGUUGAUGGCUAUCUCGAAUUUCUUUUCCAACAUCACAUCUUUAAUUGCACCGUUAGUUUGCGGUUUAAUUAUACAGGAUGAGAGCGAUCCAUUGGAAUGGCGAAAAGUUUUCUUCUUAGCUUCAGGUGUCUAUUUCUGCACCAAUUUAUGCUACGUUCUGUUUACUACGUCAAACCAACAGCCAUGGAAUGUACCAGAAGAAAACGACUCUGGUUAG